UUAGAUACUUCCUCGUCGUCUCAUUUCAGACAUCGGCCUUUUGUGGAGUUCGUAGUCAGGGUCCGUUGCAUUCGAGGCUGCGAGGGUUGGUUGAUUGUUAAAUUGCGGGCUUGGUAGUUGUUGAUUGUCAGCUCAAUUGGAUACAGGCGAAGUCGGAAAAUUGUAGCGUGCAAUACAUCUUAGACUGUUUGGGAGACUUCAGUGAUUGUGUCUUGAGGCCGGACUGCGGCUUAAAAAUGAUUCUGGAGACGGGGCAGAGGAAGGUCGGCGGCCUGGCAGCCAUGUUCGGAGCUCCAGAGCUCGACUUCAAGCGUGCUGCAGUGGACUUUGUGGCGGAGCUCUCACGCUCCCCGCGUGCAGGGAGUGAUAGAAAGGCGCUGGACAUGACCGACGCGCUCGUGCACGCCGACGAGCUCCCUGUGCCUAUGUUCGGAGUUGACCUCAACCUGCGCUGCACUUUUUGGAACAGUCGCGCUGCCGAUGCCACCGGCUGGACGGAGUCUGAGGUUUUCUCCAUGCCGAAUUUUACGGCUUCCUUGUUUAACAACCAGGGCUGCGAGGAAUUAUUAAAGGCUGCAUGUGAAGGUCGAGAAUCUUCUCAGGAGAUUUGGAGCCUGAAGAGCAAGUGGAGAAAGGAACUAAAUGCAUUGCUUUUGGCUAAUGCCCGCACAGAUAGCAUGGGUGCUGUUUGUGGGGUUGUUUGUGUGAUAAUGCUUCUUAGUCCCCCUCAAAUGGAACAAUCACUUCUUAACGUGGACUCCACGGCUUGCGCCAUGGAUCGUAUGAGCAUCUUGGACUUGGAAGAGGAGUCGCCGAAUAGUUGCGGCAGUCCUUGCGGAAGCGAAGACAUGUUUCUGGCAGCCUUGGAGCGGCCCUCCUCUCCCUACUUCGACGGUUCCGUCAGAGAUGCUAUCGAUAUCUACAUGGACCAAGCGACAUCUACAUCUUUCGAGGCUGAAGACUCCUCUUUCUACUCUCAAGAGCCUGAAGGCUCAUCUAUUUGUUCUCAAGAUUGGUGCAAGAGUGAGCAGAGCAUGGGAACCAUUCGUGGCGCCGGAAUAAACUUGGGACGCAGCUUGACUCAGGUCAGGGCAUUGGUGGUUGAUCCUAACGUUCGAGGCCGCAAGUCCCUCAGCCUCAUGCUCGAGCGCUGUGGAUUUGAAGUUUGUUGUGCAAGCAACGAGACUGAAGCUUUAGAUUCCUUCGAGCAGAGCAUGCAAGACCUCGAAGGCUUCUCUAUCGUGUUCGUCAACUUCGACAACACGCGGAGAGAAGAUUACGCCCUCGUCCGUCACUUUCGAAGCGCGGAAUCUCGUUGCAAUAGCUCCGAUUUCACGACUCAAACAGUCCUCGUCGCCGUCACAGACCUUGACAGGUGGCAAGGCUCGAAACAAAAGAAAGUACCUGCAGGGUUAGACGCCAUCAUUCACUACCCAUCUCGGGUGCAGCAACUUCGUGACACCCUGAAUUCUUUGGGAGUUCCAGGCGACAACGUGAACUUCACCAACAGCUCUUGGAACAACCCCCUCGUCCUUGCCAGAUAAGACGGAUCACAAGUAAUCCUUUCUAUUUGUAGUGUAUUCAUCGAUUCUUUCAAACAAGGAAACCUGCACAACGAAAUCCGAGGCUUCCUUUCGCCUCGGAGUUCAGGUUUUUACAUCAGCAGGUGUCGGGUAUCCUACUCUGGGGUCUUUCAUAUUUUUAGCAAUUCAACCUGCUCAAAGCCUCCCAUUGUUUACCCUUUCUUAUACGAUAUUUCGAAGGAGUUCUUUUUCCUCUAUUUGACGUUGCGUUUGAAUAUCUUUGGGUAGGGAAUGUGACUGAGCAACAGAGUUCACAGUCUCGAUUUGUUCAGAGCUAGUUGUCUUAGAUUUAUUUUGUAUAACUGGCCGGAUAGAUCAGUUUUCCCAUCUUAAGCUUCGUAAUCAUGUUCUUUAGAUCGAUGACUUUUCCUUUUGCAGCAUGGGUAGUCAUUGCUUACUUCGGCUGUGUACAAAACAAUAUAUUCAGAAAUACGUCGGUGACUGGCAAGGUUCGCUCUGCGGGCUCUCUGUCAUCUGCGAUGAGUUCUCAAAUUUUCGGUUUCA